CCUAAGUCGUUAGACCAUACGUCCUCGUCCUCUGUCUGAUCAUCCAACACAGACUAGCGUCUCGCCCUGAGCUGGAACGCAACGACCUACACCGUUCAAAGACGAUCCCAGUACGGAGCUUCAAACGUCUGAGACUCAGCAGCAGAAACCACUCAGCCUCAGCGCAGCAAAUUCGACGGAUCAGAAUGCCAACACUGACUCUAACACAGUAAUUGCUCUGCGCUCUAGAAAGGGUGUCUUACUUGUGAUCAGGCUGACCGCUGAUCAUGCUACGUAUGCAAGGCUUUACCUCAGGGCCCGCGUCACAGAGGGUCCGCUGUGAUCUGCGUACUGCCGUACGCUGCCUCAUCGUCAGUCUCAUCUGCAGUGGUGCAAUCGUUUCGUCCUCUACCGCACACGCGCAGGUCUCAACGUACACAGAGUUGGCUGCCGAUGGUAAAGCAAGUCCAGUCGUUGCUACACAGAUUGCUCCCUACGCUCUGACGAGCUCUGUGGCCGUAAGAUCCGUCCUCAACAUCUCAAGUGACGGCGCUACGCCUGCCCUGUUCACUCUGCCACUGUCAGAGGUGGACCAGGGCGAGCCGAUCAACGUCGCUGUCUCGCUCUGCAAUGGACCGACGAGAGGCAUUGCACCGCCGAUUGCUGAGAAUGCCUCUUCCUCGGAUCGAGCUGCACUGGAAGAGUCAUCACUGGUUAGGGUCUACGUAAGCAUCAACGCAAACAACCCAAGACCCGGCCCAGAUUCGAGUGACAUUGCCGAUAUGGUCUACGCCAGAGGCGGCUUAGCUCAAAUCAGACUCAAUGAAGAAGGAAGCGAGACGAUCGAGGAAGUCUGGGUGGCUAUCUGGCCACCCGAAGAGGCCUGGGGAGAGACUGGAGCCUUUGAGAUCGAAGUGCUCGUCAACCCGGGAGCACCUCAGCAGCAGCUCCACAGUCAGUAUGGCAUUCUCCUGGAGGACACAGACAGCAGCCGAGCGUUGGUCACUACCUUCAACUAUACUGCCGGUCAAUCGCCCAACGUUUCACUCAUGGUUCUGCCAAGCGUUGGCGACUAUGCGCUGCCCUCUACAUAUUACAACUCGUCCUUCUGUGCCAUAGCCGACGCCUGGAAUACUUAUGCGGCCUCCUCGGAACGUCCUGUAAUCACAUCUAGUGAGACUACUCGUGGCCGGACUCAAUCUUGGCAAGGCAACGAUCAGAGGAUGCAAUUCGAAAUUGGAAACUUGGAUUCUACGAGCAACUAUACCGCAUGGCUUCUCAAUGUUAAUUCCAGUGAUAGUAAUGUCUCAAGCGUAGCGCUGUACCCUGCUAUCAAGUUCAAGACGAAGCAAGCUGGGGUCUGCAGACUCGUCUGGGACAUCGACUUCUGUCCUGAGGUGGCAUACUCCAUCCCGCUUGACCCUGUUGUAGCAACGGAAGACGCUCUCAACAUCAUCAACGAGACCGUCACACCCAAUCUCGCCAACUUCUCGAAGACCUUGUCGACGUGGUCCUGUAACGACACUUACUUCGGACAGUAUUCUACCGUCCAGUCAUGCACAAACUGCCUCAAUAGCUACAGAGAUUGGCUCUGCGCAAUCGCCAUGCCUCGAUGUACAGAUCCAGUGGAGUCGCAAUCGAAUGGCUCAGCUGCUAUCUCUGAUGUGGACUCAUUGACGGGCCGCUCUGUUGGAUCCAAUACAGAACUUCUGCCUUAUGUCCUCAAUCGCAACGUUUCUGACACCCGACAAUCGUACAUAGACAAUCAGCUGGAUGUCGAUGGCCCGUAUGGUGAAGUAUUACCAUGUCUAUAUACGUGCCUGUUCGUCCAGAGGAACUGCCCGGGUCCCCUGCUGAGCUGGACAUGCCCCCGGUGGGACAUCACUGCGCAGCAUGAUUAUGGCACCUUUGCGGACGCUGGAGCUAAUGGGCUUGGAGCCGGGGAGAAUGGAGGAGCCGGAAGCGACAUGGCCAGAUGGGGCGGGCCUCUGAGGUAUAUCGCUCAGGAUGCUUUCGGCAAUACCUACUGCAACGCAAUGGGCGUGGACACUUAUUUACGGGAGCAGAACACUGACCACGUCGGCGGUGUUGAUGCUCACGGUGACAGUAAUGACACUGUUGCCUUAGGUGGGGAGAAAGAAGCGGGCAUGAGGGCGCCCGCGAAAGUGAUGCCACGCACGACAGUUAACGGCUCAAUUCACUGAAAAGGCCAAAGGUAGAUGUACUGCUCCGCUCGAGUGCCGUCUGUCCUUCUCGAUGGCAAUAUAUCUGAGUACUGCUCUAUACUACCACAUCAAUUCUUAGAGGAAUGCAAACAGUGCAAUUGAGUCUUUCAUACACCUCAAAGUCGCCGUACCUGCAGCUUCGUCACUGGAGAGCACGAGGCGUGGAGCCAUCGACACACGCAUGCAUUGCAAAUUUCGUAGAGCAGCACGUAUGUCACUGCAUGGAGGCCAAUUCGAGGCAUCAGCCCCCGAGUGUAUUGCCCCUGCCUUCGUCCCUUGAUGCGUAGAAUCUUUCAAGAA